AUGGCGGAUCAAUUCAACGACAAAGUGGCUAUUGUAACAGGAUCUAGUGCUGGUUUGGGUGAAGCCAUAGCUCUCAUGUUUGCUUCUAGAGGUGCUAAGGUCACUCUGUGUGGCCGUGAUCAAGACAGGCUGAAGUCAGUGCUGGACAAAGCCGUGAAGGUCAGUGGUGGUCAUCAAGAUAGAUUACUUACCGUUGCCGGGGAUUUGAAUGACGCGAACGUUCGGAAUCAAAUAAUUGAACAAACGGUGAACAAGUUUGGACGGCUGGACAUUCUUGUGGCUAACGCUGGUAUUGCUGGCGAUUAUCGCCCAUUUGCGAAUGAAACUGACGAAAACUACAACAACGUGUUCGACACCAACUUAAAAUCAGUAUUUUUUCUGAUCCAAAAAGCUGUGCCGCAUCUGGAGAAGACCAGAGGAAAUAUUGUUAGCAUCUCUUCUAUUGCUUCCCUUAUGGUCAUUCCAUCAAUUCCUACGUACUCGAUGUCAAAAGCAGCUCUCGAUCAUCUCACCCGUUGCUUGGCCGUAGACUUGGGGUCUAAAGGUAUCCGCGUGAACACUGUCAACCCAGGAUAUUUCCCAACACUUAUCCUCCGGCAUUUGGGAGAUCCUGAAGAAGUUGCAAAAGAAAUUGCGCAAACAGAGAGAGGACAAACACCGCUGAAAGACAGAGUUGGAGUUUCUGAAGAUGUGGCUGAGGCGGUAGUCUUCUUGGCGUCGGAUGCAGCAGGGUUUAUCACUGGAGAACUGAUCAGAGUUGACGGUGGAAGGAGUUACGCAGGGAAAAUGACAACUUAUUCACCAAAGAGUAAAAAGUAA